GUCAGUGUGCUGUCUAUAGCUUCAAACUUAUGCUUGAAGUAACAGUAAAGCACAUAGCGCAACCAAAGGUGGCAAACCAUUUUGCUAUAGAAGGAGUCUUGCUCUACCUCCACUCUACACCUCUCAACUUACCUCUAAACAAUGGUGUUCCCUAAGUUCUCUCUGCUCUUCUGCCUUCUCUUUUCUUCCAUUCAGUUUCUCUUAAUAAAUUAUCCAGUUAAAUGUGACAAUGAUGAGAAAGAUAAUCUUUAUCAGGGAAUCAACAAGUAUCGAGCAUCAUCAAACUUGAAAGCUCUAACAAAGAACGAAAAUGCAGAUUGCCUUGCUGAUGAAAUAGCUGACCAAUUCAAGAAUCAACCCUGUACAAAUACAACAGGUGCUAACACAGUACCAGGCACAGAACCUCAAUUCUCCAACUACCCAGACCUUUUAACUAAAUGUCACUUGGCUAUUUCCAACACAAGGGAUGGAACUGUAUUGCCUGCUUGUGUCCCUGGCCUUGUUCGGAGCCUUGUCCUCACUAAUUUCACACAGUCUCUCUACUCAGAUAAUCUCAAUGAUACAAAGUAUAAAGGAAUUGGUAUUGGUUCAAAAGGUAACUGGAUUGUUGUCGUCUUGACCACUGACACUCCUGCAGGAAGCUUUGCUCCCUAUAGUUUUAGUGGUGCCAAUUUGAUUUCCAAAAUUGGUUUCAUUUACUGCUCCAUGAUCUUGUUAGUUGGUAACGUUUUCCUGUUAUGAGAACCUCGAGGAUGGCUCUUGGCAAUGCUU